GGUGUAAAUGGUAAACCUACAGAAGAGAAUUUUGAGCACCAGAAAUGCUCCUACCCUGAUAGUAUAGAAGAGGGAGAUGUUUUAGUUAAAAUGUUAUAUUUAUCAGUAGAUCCAGCUUUGAGGUGCUGUAUGAACGAGAGUACAGGAGUAGAUUAUUUAAAAAGUUGGUCAAUAGAAGACACGGUGGUAGGAUUAAGCGGGCUAGGACAAGUUAUUGAAUCUAAAAAUAAAAAUUUUACCAAUAAUUCUUUAGUUCUUGUCAACCUGAGCUCACCAUGGAUGAAAUCUGAAGAGUUAUUACGAGCAACUAGUUUAUCACUAGCUGUUAGUAUAUUAGGUAUUACUGGUAUAACAGCCUAUUUAGGAAUCACUGAAAAAGGUCAUGUGACACCAGGAGCUAAUCAGAAUAUAGUCAUUAGCGGGGCUGCAGGAGCUACAGGCUCUGUUGCCGGACAGGUGGUUAAAAUCAUUAAUGCCUUGUGGACUAUAGGUAUCUGUGGAACAGACAUCAAAUGCCAGACGCUGAAAAAAGAGCUAAACUUUGAUGGUUGUAUCAACUAUAAAACUGAAGAUGUUGGUAGUAAAUUAAAGGAGAUGUGUACAGAUGGUGUAGAUAUUUAUUUUGAUAAUGUUGGUGGAGAACUUAGUGAUACAGUUAUCAAACAGAUGAAAGCCAACUCCCAUGUUAUAUUAUGUGGUCAAAUAGCAGACUAUAAUAAAGAUAUACCCUACCCUCCACCAAUAAAUACAGAAAUAUCACAAAUAUUACAGGAUAAAAAUAUUACCAGAGAGAGAUUUUUAGUUUUGAAUUAUUUAGAAAAAUUUGAAGACGCUAAAAAACAAUUGGCUCAAUGGUUACAGGAAGGAAAAAUUGUGAAUAAAGAAACUGUUGAAGAAGGAUUAGAAAAUACAGGGAAAGCGUUUGUUUCUAUGAUGAAUGGAGGAAAUAUUGGUAAACAACUAGUUCAUGUGGCAGAUCUGUCUUGA